UCUAAGGAGGGCUGGAAGCUUAGGACGUUCUUUCUGUCCUAGAGUAAAGCAGAAGGUCGGGGAGAUUUUGGAGAAGGGGAGGACAGACAGUCGGGGGGCGUGUGCUCCUCUGGAGUUUCCUUUUUCUUCCAGUCCUUGCGCGCGCAGUCAUCCCUGUGGUCUGGCGAUUGUGGAUCGAGGUGGCGAGGCUCCAUCCCCGCUGGUGGCCAGAGGCUGGGGGCUGGGGAGACCUCCGCACAGAAGCGGUGCCCAGGAAGUUUUCCGACGCAGAGGCAGCAGUGCAGCCCGCGCGGGAGCCCAGGACCCAGGCCACCCAAUCUCUCCAGCUCUGCUUCUCUCGCCCAGCCGCCCAGCCGCCCAGGUGCCGAGCGGACCGGGGCAGCCGUCUGCGCCCGCCUAGCUCCACGGUGGAAAAAAAAAGUGAGGGUGUAAAAGCAACAGAAUAAGAGACAUUUCCUCAAAUUUGCAUCAAGAUGGAAACCUUUUGCUUCAGGGUGUCCUUUUGGGUGGCACUGGUUGGAUGUGUAAUUAGUGAUAAUCCUGAGAGCUACAGCACAAAUCUAAGCACUCAUAUGGACGAUUUUACCACUUUUCGUGGGACAGAGCUCAGCUUCCUGGUUACCACUCAUCGACCCACUAAUUUGGCCCUACCCAGCAAUGGCUCAAUGCACAACUAUUGUCCACAGCGGACUAAGAUUACUUCAGCUUUCAAAUACAUUAACACUGUGAUAUCUUGUACUAUUUUCAUCGUGGGAAUGGUGGGGAACGCAACUCUGCUCAGAAUCAUUUACCAGAACAAGUGUAUGAGGAACGGACCCAACGCGCUGAUAGCCAGCCUUGCCCUUGGAGACCUUAUCUAUGUGAUCAUUGAUAUCCCCAUCAAUGUAUUUAAGCUGUUGGCUGGGCGCUGGCCUUUUGAUCACAAUGACUUUGGCAUAUUUCUAUGCAAGCUGUUCCCCUUUUUGCAGAAGUCUUCAGUGGGGAUCACCGUCCUCAAUCUCUGUGCUCUCAGUGUUGACAGGUACAGAGCUGUUGCUUCCUGGAGUCGUGUUCAGGGAAUUGGGAUUCCCUUGGUCACUGCCAUUGAGAUUGUCUCCAUCUGGAUCCUUUCUUUUAUCCUGGCCAUCCCUGAAGCAAUUGGCUUCAUCAUGGUGCCCUUUGAAUACAAGGGUGAACAGUAUAAUACCUGUAUGCUCAAUGCCACAUCAGCGUUCAUGAAGUUCUACCAAGAUGUGAAGGACUGGUGGCUGUUUGGCUUCUACUUCUGCAUGCCCUUGGUGUGCACCGCAAUUUUCUACACCCUCAUGACUUGUGAGAUGUUAAACAGAAGGAAUGGAAGCUUGAGAAUUGCCCUCAGUGAACAUCUUAAGCAGCGUCGAGAAGUGGCAAAAACAGUUUUCUGCUUGGUUGUAAUUUUUGCUCUUUGCUGGUUCCCUCUUCAUUUAAGCCGUAUUUUGAAGAAAACCGUGUAUGAUCAGAUGGACAAGAACCGCUGUGAAUUACUUAGUUUCUUGCUGCUCAUGGAUUAUAUCGGCAUUAACUUGGCAACUAUGAAUUCAUGUAUAAACCCAAUAGCUCUAUAUUUUGUGAGCAAGAAAUUUAAAAAUUGUUUUCAGUCUUGCCUCUGCUGCUGCUGUUACCAGUCCAAAAGUCUGAUGACCUCAGUCCCUAUGAAUGGAACCAGCAUCCAGUGGAAGAACCACGAACAAAACAACCACAACACAGAGAGGAGUAGCCACAAGGAUAGUAUAAACUGAACAGCUUAAGAAACAUUAAUCAAUAUUCCUUCAAACCUUAUUAGAGAAAAAAAACACAGCAACUAUGUCUCCAGAAGUCUCUUCUCUCAUGACUCAGACCCACGCCCGGAAAAUGCUUUGCAAAACAUGAGAGGGUGGACUGUUUCAUGCCCACAAAUUCAAUGACUCUUACUUUUUUAAUUUAUCUAAUUUACGUAUUCUGGUAUGUUAUAUUCAACACUAAAAAACGGUGAGAGUUGGCAGGGGAUAGGGAGACUGUUAAAUGAAACCAGAAGGAUAUUUACUACUUUUGCAUGAAAAUCGUUUUCACGUGCAUGACUAGCUUUCACGGCUGUUCUGUCAAAUGUUUAAUGAGAACUGGUCACCAUGAAAGUUUGGAGGUUAUAAAAUAGAGAUAUUUUUUAAAUGGGUUUUUUUUUUGCAAACACGGUAUGGGCAUAAGUCACCUUUAUUUUGAAAUGUCAUUCAGUGCCAGUAUUUUUUAACUGCAUAGCAGCCUAAAAAUAAUUAUUUGAGUUCAUUUUGUAAAAAAAAAAAAAAGUAAAACAAUUUAGUGAAAAAUUAGGUUGUUCCUCAUGCCACUGUGGUGUGUUUUUUUUAACAUAAAUUUUCAAGCUGCAACAAAUACAGAACUAAAGCACAAAUUGAUAACCACACAUGGCAGUUUAAUAGCUGCUAUUCAAAGAAUUUUUAAGAACCUAUUUUUUUUAUGGUGUUUCAUUACAGGAGAUCCUGAACAUUUUUUCAUCUUAAAUUUUAAUAAAAUAAUGCUUGAAUCAAAUAGUUCUAUUUUUCAUAAGCCCAAUCUAUUUUUAAUGUCUUUUAUGUACAAUCAAUAUCAUAUACCAAAAUGUAAAGGUACGUGUCGUUUAACUAUACCCAAGACUUUCAGUUCAAUGCAUAGAAGUCUAAACCUAGGAGAAUAGAAUUAAAUAUUUUUAGAAGAUUUGGAAAUUUUCACUGAGGUUUUUUAGUAAUAGUAACAUGUAUAUUUAUGUAUAUGCAUACAUAUAUAUGUACAUAUAUGCAUAUAUGUGUGUAUGUAUAUAUAGUUUACAUAUCACCUCAUAUUCUCUUGUUUUAAAUGUUAACUGGCAGAAAGACUUUUUUUGAUCAUUCCCUUUUCCAUAGAGGAAACAUAAUUUCAAAGUGGCUGGCUGAGUUUAUCAUGUCAGUGAAUAUAAUCACCCCAAAGGCCACCAUGAACUAUGCUUCCUCACUUCUCUGGGUUUCCAGUGUGAACUUAAACACCUCCCCCUCUCCCACAACUCACAUGGUCACCAUUUGAAAGGGCCCACAGUGACUUUUGCUGGGUAUUUUCCAAGAUGUUUACAGACUGUGAGUAGAGCAGAAAAUCUUUUAGCAUGUGUGUGUAUAUAUAUAUAUAUACAACUGUACAUAUCUUUUAGCCAAUUUUUCUGUUAUUAUCUCUAUGGAAUAUAUUUGUGUGUGUGAUACAUGCAUGUGUGUGAUGUUUUGUAUGGACGUAUGUAAUCUAAUAAUGAUGCCUUGUAGCUGUGCCAAAGCACACACUUGGACUGGAAUCUAGGUGGUUGUUUAUUAUGACAGUCGGCCUCAGUCAGUUUUAACCUGUGUUCAUAAAGCAUGUGACUAUGUCACUGUUACAAGUGGAAUAUGGGAGGCAGCAUGAAAGGGGAUGAGUCAUGAGUUAACAAUAGGGUUUUAUUUGCUUGGUUGGUUGGCUGAUUGGCUGGUUUGAUAAAACAAUAUUUGGGGUUGUUGGAGCAAAUGUCAUUAAACUAUGAGUAAUUAUAUUGUCUUAAUCCUCAACUAAACUCAGUGAUAAGGUUGACAAGUAAUCUAAUGAAUAUAUCAGAGUACACCAAACAUAUUCCUGAUGAUAAAUUAGCUAAUAAUUUGUUGGGCUGUGUUUUAGCACCGUCACGUAUAAAAUGAUAUCAGGUUCCAAUGGACCCCAUUGCAGGGCUUUUUGAUGUGUAAGCAGUCGAAUUCCAUUAUUCCGCUGGUACAUACCAUGCACUGAUAUAUACCCAUAAUGUAAGCCAUAAACUCACACCAUUUUGUUUAAACAACUAUUUUUUUGUUUAAGAUACUUUCUCUCUUGCAUAUGAAUAAUGCAUUUUAUAAGUUCAGAAAGUCAUAGCUUUCCUAAUAACCACACAGGCUUCAAUGGACAUUUUGUUUAUGGACUGGUAAGUAACUGUGGUUUACUAGUAGGAAUAUUUCCAGUUUCUACUUUUACCACAUCUUUCCAAGUAAAACUGUAGAAAUGAGCCAAAAGCCAAGGCCCUGCAUUGGCAGUGGCCUGUAAGUAUAAAAUAAAGUUUACAGAAGCCUUG